AUGGGUUCUACGCCAGUCAAUUCAAUUAGACACCCAGCGUCGGUGGGUGUUCAUAAUAUGGAUGACAGGGGUACGUAUGUGUUUAAAGACAUUGUUGUAUUAUCCUGGAAUGUUCGUGGUAUUGUUAACAAGUACUCGCAGAGACAGUUGAAGGACCUCCUUAUACUGCACAGACCAACUUUUUGUUUUGUUAUGGAACCUCAAUGCAUCUUCGGGAGACAUGAGGCCUGGCUACAUCAUUGUGGUUAUGAUCGGUUGUUUAUUUCUGAAGCGGCAGGUAGAAGUGGAGGAAUUUGGUUACUUCAGAAAAGUGGACACCCUUUUCGGGUUUCUGUUCGUCAUACCUCUUCCCGAAUGAUUUCUAUUAGCAUCGAGCAUGGUGGCUUCCAUUGGGCUAUUACGGGGAUUUAUGCCUCGCCAUCAUUUCGAGAUCGUCUUACUGAUUGGGACAGCCUGAAGGCGGCGCGUUUGACCUGUGUAGGACCAUGGUGCGUCAUAGGAGAUUGGAAUGAGGUGACUGGCCCAUCUCACUCCACGGGAUGUGCUUUCAUUCAACAACGAGCUGAUAUCCUUAAUGACGUCCUGCAACAUUGUGAUCUUACGGUUAUGAAGAACAUUGGACCUCCUUUUACAUGGCGGAGAUCUUCAACGGGAGUCAAUAUUCAUUCCCAGAAGUGCCUUGACUACGUCACAGCCGAUUCAGAUUGGUUUGGCAAUUUUCCUUUUGGGAUGGUGGAAACAUUAAAUAGAGGUAAUAGUGAUCAUAACCCGCUCCUACUGCAUUGCUGUCGUAAAUCAAACACACAGGGGCUUCCACAAUCGCCAUUUCGAUGGCAUGAGGCAUGGGCAGACCACCUUGAUUAUCUUAAUGUGCUUAUCGACAAUUGGGACCUGGGUAACAGCGACUUCUUGCUCAACUUGAACUCAGUCAGAGAUGCUUCUUUUUCGUUCAAUCGAACUUGCUUCGACUCGGCGCGACUCACACUCCUUGAGGGGCAACUUCUUAAAGAGUAUAACACCAUUCUUCAUCAGAAAGAGCCCAUUUGGUUUCAAAAAUCUCGGGAAAAAAUUCUCCUGCACGGGGAUCGUAACACUCGAUACUUCCAAACAGCCGCCAAAAUUCACAAAAAUAAAUCGGCCAUUCACGGGCUGCAAAUUGACAAUUGCUGGACAUCUGAUGAAACACUCCUCAGAGGACAUGCCAUGGCGCAUUUUGAGAGUCGGUUUACGGAUAGCCCCGACAUCCCUAUUGGCUGCGAUUUCACUGAGCCUCUUGUGCCUCCUGCUCCUAAUACAGUGUUGUCGAUCACUCACACAGUCUCCAACAUGGAAAUCAAACGGGCGGUCGACUCCUGUUUUUCUUACUCAGCCCCGGGACCGGAUGGUUUCCCAGCUGCUUUCUACAAAAAAUUCUGGCAUCACAUUGGGCCGGAUAUGUGUGAAUUUAUUCGUACUAUUUUCGCUAAUGGUCAUUUCAGGCCUAGUCUCGGCUUUUCGUACCUUUGCCUGAUUCGGAAGAUUACUACACCACUUACUAUUAAGGACUACAGACCUAUCAGUUUAUGCAAUGUCGUUUACAAAUUCGUGACGAAGGUUAUUUUAUAUUGGCUAAGACCUAUUUUAGUUCAAUGCAUAGGCCUGGAGCAAUCCGCUUUUCUUCCUGGCAGAGGUACUUCUAACAAUGCCAUUGUUCUCCAUGAGGUGCUUAUGACCGGGUGA